AAUUAGUAUAUAAUUGAAGUAAUUCUUUUCUAUUUUCUCUAUUCUCUUUUUUGUUUAUUAUGUUUUUUCUACGCGUGUGUGAUAUUGGAGAAGCAAAUCUACAGAUUUAUCUACGGACGAUUCGGGGAGUGUGUUGUAUAUCGACAGAUGCACAAAAAUGAGGAAAGUGCAUGUCGCACGGACUCAGUCCGGGUGACAUUUUUUGCAUCGUCCAUGCCAGACAGCGAAUGUUGGCUCCGUAGUUUCCUACAUUCUCUUUUGGAACGAGUAAAAAACAAAGUCGGUGUCUUCAGUAGCAUUUGCGUGUUGAAUUGAUUUAUAAAAAAAUAUCGACAACUAGGUUUUAAAUGCGCAUGGUGGGAUAAUGGAGUCUCUGAAAGAAAUUUCUCAGUAUUUAAAUCAUGAAACUCGGUUGGAUCUGAAAGCCAUUGCGUUGGAGCACGUGCUCGGUGUGACCGCGACUGCUGAAGGCCGAUUACUUCUGUUGGGUUUACCAGAACUGUUGAAACAACUUGUUGUUCUUAUGCAAGAUUCAUCUGUGCCUGUUGGCAAGGAUGCUGCAUUGGCAUUGGUAAACAUUACUGGAGACGAAGCAGGAAUCAGUGCAAUGUUGAUUAUCUCACAGGAAUCAAACAGCUCAAACACAAAUGAACAGAAUCUUAGUUUUAAUUUAAUACAUGUUUGCAUAAGAGCUAUUAUGGACAAAACCAGUACUCUGGCAGAUCCAUGUUGCAUGAUACUUUCCAAUAUAACUAGAUCGUCAUAUUCAGUGGAAAGCGUGAUAACACAUAUCGAACGAAGUGGCUACACUUGGGACGCAAUAAUAGCCGCAUUUACUGCAAAGCAGUACAACACUGUGGGUGCUAAGUUGCACUAUCUCGGGGCUGUUUUUAGCAAUCUGAGUCAAUCGCCACGCGUAAGACGAUACUUGAUGGAUCGAGAUCGGUGUGUUAUUCAACGACUUCUUCCGUUUACAGAAUAUUCCGAUAGCGUGAUCAGACGUGGUGGUGUUAUUGGCACUUUAAAGAAUUGCACUUUUGACAGUGAAAAUCACGCGUGGCUGCUAAGUCCGGAAGUGGAUUUAUUGUCGUACCUGUUGCUGCCGCUUGCAGGUUCGGAAGAGUUCGACGAUGAGGAUAACGACAAAUUGCCAAUUAAUUUGCAAUAUCUUCCCGAAACAAAGACUCGAGAGUCUGACCCGGACAUAAGAUUUAUGCUUUUAGAAGCGUUGAACCAGUUGUGCGCAACCAAAGUGGGGAGAGAAAUAUUGAGAGAAAAAAAUACAUACGUUAUACUUCGGGAACUUCACAAGUGGGAGAAUGACAAAAAGUGUUCAUUAGCGUGUGAAAAUGUUGUGGAUAUUUUGAUAAAAACUGAAGAAGAAAUCGGAUUGAACAACUUGAAGGAAGUGGAAGUGCCGCGCGAGUACACGGAAAAGUUUGACGAGAUGGAUAAAAACUUUAUUAACAACACAUAGUGCAAGACAGAUGAAUAUCAUAAAUAUAUAUAUAUAUAUAUAACAGAGCUUAUUUGUAAGUAAUAAAAUAUUACACAUACAUACAGUAAGUAUAUUGUACGUAUUUUGCCACAAAAAAGUGGUGUAUAAAAUAAUUGAUAACACA